AUGGUUUCAGAAUGGUGGCAAGAUUAUAAGAAUCUCUUCGCAUUUGCCAGUACCGCAGUGGGGAAUCUUGAUGGGACUCAGGCAUGCUUUCACUUGCGCAAGGAGGGCUCCCCGGUUUUCUGUGAUGAUUCUGUGCUAGUGCGAGCUCGGAUUCUUCAGGAACUUCAGACAACGCUUGAGGACGGCAGAGUCUCGGUGCUAUCGGCAGACAGCCCUCAGCGUCUCGCGGUGCUCCGAGUUACGUAUGCAGACUGGAACACACUCGGCCAGCAUUGUCAAUCUUUUCGCGCCCUCUGGGCUGGGGUUAGGGUUCGAGAUGAGGUGGUGGUGUUGGACACUACGACAGGGCCGGCCUUCUUGACUGCUGACGUUGUACUUCAGGAAAGUGAAACUAUUCAGGUUGCGGAGUUGUUCAGUGGUGGAUUUGCAGGUUGGUCUCAGGCUACCUGGCUUCUUUCCACAUUGGGGGUCCCGAUUCGCACCAGUUGGAUAUUGGAAAUGGAGGACCACCUUUUCCCUCCGCUGCAGGCUAUGGAACCUGACUUGCAGCCAGUAUCUACAAAAACAGAGCUGGAGGCCGUUGACUGUGAACUUGCCCCUGUGGCACUGAUGGCCAACAUUGAACAUGACUGGUGGCAUGGCAUUUGGACCCGAGCCGCUCCACACAUGUUAGUCAUGUCACCUCCGUGCCAACCUUGGGCCACGCCCGGGAAGGGCCAGGGCCUUGACACACCGGAUGGGAGGUUGUUGCUGCGAGUGGCCGCGUUGAUGCAAGUCGUUCGCACACCUGUCGUCUGCAUAGAAGAAGUAGCCGGCUUUGCUGUACAUCCACACUUUGCUGAUGUCAUGGAGGCCUGGCGCGAGGCCGGAUACCAGCUUGUAUCUCGUGAAAUGCUGCAGUUAGCCGACGUCGCCCCCACGUGGCGCCGCCGACUCAUGCUUGUGCUCAUUCACCAGGAGACCGGUCCUGGCGUGGAUGCUGCCCAGGGUUUCGUCACAUGGCAGGCCGUGCCUCGCCCCAGCCUGGCGAUCAUGCGUGCAUACUUUCCAGUCCUGCCUGGUAGCCUUGCACAGCCCUGUCAGCUCUCGGCUGAGUUGUUACAGACCUACCUUGACCCAUGGUACAUGCCCCCUGGGCAAAAGACGGAUGUCGACUCUGUCAGAGCCUUUCGCCUAUGUAACCCGCACCAACGCGCCAAAUGCUUCAUGGCAGCUUACCAUAGGCAGCACCAAUUACCCGAAGGUCUCCUGACCAGAGGUGGCCUGCUGUGCAGUUUGUUGACGACUGGAGCUGAUAUCCGGUUUUUCUCUGCACCAGAAAUCGCUUCCUGCCACGGAGCGGUUAGGACACAGCUGCUGCUUAUUGACGACGAACAGUCCAUGCGUUUGCAUGGUAAUGCCCUCGCGGUCCCACAAGCGGCCUUGACGAUCUCCAAUGCGUUGCGUUGGCUGGCGCCCCACACGCGCCUAGACCCUGCUGAAGUUGUCCGCCGGUGCAUUGAUGAGCGCCUGCACAGCCGCAACAGCGUGCUCCUCAAGGUUUUUGUGUCGGUGCACAUUCCUGUUGAUCGGGCCCUGCAGCGCCUGGGUGCCCAACCCUCUGCUACCUGGCCCUGCCCACAACAGAUCAAACAAGCGACUGUGCUGCAAGUCCCAACUACUCAGCUCCCCGCCUUGAACCUCAGUGCGGGCGGAAUGAGUCAGACUGCUGACUCUGACCUGGUGCUCCUAUGCACCCCGCGUGCGAUGGUCCUUGUUCACAAGUCUGUGCCGGACGUGCUGCACCAGCUUCGUUGGACUUUUGAGAAAUGCCGAGAAAAUGGGCUAAGAGUUACCUGCCUGACUUGCUUCGGAGAGCCCUUGAGUGACAUCCGGGAAUUCCCUGGCACAUGCUUUGUUGCCACGGAGACUGAUGACCUCCUCUUCAAUGCUCCGACCCUGGACUGGGCCCAAGUCCGCGCCUGCCAAAGCCGAUGCCUGGACGGUGCUUUCCAGUUGAUGGUUGAACCGCAAUGUGCGACCGACUGGUGGCUACAGCUGCCGUGCCACCUUAUUGAAUGCUUGGGAUGGAAAGCAGAAGCCACCGACCCCACUGAGGCCUCGCCUAUGUGCAUCAGUUUUUCAACCACGGGCCAUACAGAUGCUGUGGGCCUCCCGCAGCUCAGGCAAUACCUCCGCGAGCUCUUCUUUCUGUCACAGAUCAGGGCCGCUGCACGUGAACCGGACGGUGCCCUGUUCGGACCUGUCGCUUUGCAGGUUGAGGGUCGCGUCAUCUGGGUAGGCCGAGUCCCUGCGGACCUUACUGCGGCUCAGCUUGUUAAAUUUUGGCAUAAUGCGUGCCGUUGUUUCGACUGCUGGCCGAUUGCGAGAGUUUACUCCGGCCCAUUCCCGAUUGAUUGCCAGUGUCCUGUGUCACAACUUGCGGCCGAAGGCCGUGUCCAGACCAAAGGCGCCCAGCGUACUCUUGCCUUGACAGUUUUCCCUGAAACUCGCGGUGGCGGCAAUAAGGAUGAUCAAAUCCAGUUGGCCAAGAGCCGCUGUGCUGCCUUGUUGCUUGAUCGGGGUGUUUCUUUGGCGGAGGUUACGGUCGCGGUGGACCGUCUUGUGAGCAAACUCGGUGCCUCCGCGUGUAUGGAGCCGUUGUCCUUACCGGAUGCCACUGCUCGCUUUCAGCGCCUCUGCCAAGUUGCGCAUCCUGCUGGCAUUGACCUGCCUGCCGGGGACAACCGUACUGAGAAAGCAGCCCAACGAAUUCAAAAGGCCAUACGGCGCCGCCGAUUGCAGGCCGCGGAGUCGGUUGCCGCUGCGGACUUUGAAUUGCUGCCGGACACUUGGUGUGGCAUUGACAACCAGCCCGUACCAGUGCUGCAACGCAUCUCCCGCGGGGCCUCUGGGGUGAUGUUGGUCGACGCUUCCGUUGCCAAUGCACAAGACAAUGCCCUCUUGCAAAACAUGUGUUCCGAAGCUUUGUGCUUGGUGGUCCCUGGCCACCGGUGUCCUGAUCCUGACACAUGCUCUGGUGCCUGUAAUGUUCCGGUUAAACACCGAGGCACGGGCAAGAAGCACCUGCUUGCCGCUUGUUUUCAUAACGUCGGUGAGACGGAUAUACACCCUUACAGUGAACACUCGGUACAGGUUGCCCUUGCGGAUACUGUGUGCUGUUCCUUUGCGAUGUAUCAGGAUGAGGCCCCAUCUGAUGCCACCUGGCAGGAGGUCGUCAAGGCCCCAGUUCGUGCAGUUACUGAGCGUUUCCGGUCUCAGGGCAUCUCGCAGCCCCUGUCCCAGCCAUGGGGCCGCUCUUUUCGGUGCAAUGGGCGCCCGUGCCAACCCCACCUCUGUGAUUCGCUCAUGUUCCAUGCCAAGGUGCCAGGCCCUACCCUUAGUAAGGUGCUGCAGAGUAGUGGCUUCAACUUCGUGUACGUUGUCCCCCGCACCUGGGACCGCCAGCUGUUACCUGACUGGUCCGUCAUCUGGCUGAAAAGCGGUCGCGCCGAGGUGGAGAAACAGGCCCUCCUUGUGCCAGGUCAGCACGGUCUGGUCCGUGGCAAGUCGCGAUACGGACUGCGCGUGGGCACACAUGCUUUCCAGUCCUUGUUCAAGCAGUUGCGACCCGGGGAGCCCGUGCCGGCCACCAUUGACGCCAAAUUGCUCUUCAAGGUCGGCCCUCUCCCACCUGCCGCCCCCUCUGAGGCACUGACUGAAUGGGCCUGUCAACUGCCCUGGCAGAUCAAGGUUCUGAAGAGUCUCGGCCCCAGGUUUUGGUUGGUCGGUGCGCCGACACCUCCUCCAACAUGCACCGCCCGGUUCAACGAUACCGCUGUCUUGAUUACUGAGGUCAAGAACCGGGAUACGCAGGCACCGAUUGUGCAGGCGGGUGGCUCCGUCCCACGGCCACCGCAAAAGGACACGCGUGACGGCCCCAAGUCUUCUGAUGCAGAUCCCUGGUUGGAGAGUGAUCCUUGGAGUACCUACCGUGCCUCUCAGACACCUGCUCCAUCUGCACCCGUUCAAGUCCUGGCCCCUCCAGCCGGCCUUGACCCACCUGCCACAGCCCGCCUCCAGGAGCAAGACAACCGCAUUGCUGCGUUAGAACAGAGUCUCUCUCUGUUGCGUGAUGAACAACAGCAAGCCCAUCAGCAGUGGCAGCAGGAUCGCCACCACCUCUCUCAGGAGAUGCACAGUGUUCGAGGCGAAGUGCAGGGCCUAGGAGCAGGUUUGCAGCAGCAGCUUCAGUCUAGCAUAGACAGCCUUCGGACUGCACAGGUGCAGCAGGAGCAGCAGAUGAACCAUGGUAUGGCCGAACUUAAGGCCCUCUUGCUGGCUCAGGCUGAGAACAAGAAACCCCGCCUCCAUGGCGCUGAUGAACUGUCGUUUCCCCGGUACUUGGGCCAGCGAGUGGGUGAGGCAAAGAAUCCUGGCCCAUCACGGCAGACCAAUUUGGGCUCAUACUUCUCGGUUCCCCACCACCUGCCUCGGGACCUGCCGGCUGCCAGUGCCGCUAGUGCCCAUACUCGACCAGGCCCCACAGUCCAGCAGGACCUGCGCAAUUUUUUCCCCGCGAGCCCCGGCCCAUUACACGCUCAGGGCGCUGUGCGCUACUGCCAUAGCCGUCCACGGCGACCACCGGUGCGCAACACUGUUACGGCUGCGCUCUCGGAGGCCGAGAGACCGUCCGACUCUUGUGUCAUUGCGGUGGUGAACCCCACCAGCAUUCUCCACAAAACCCACACUCUCCUGGAAACUGCUGCAGAUGUCAUUUGCCUCUCUGAGACUUCCGCCGUCUCGCAAGUACAAGGCCUGGUGGGCCACCAGCUUCGCAAGCACGGCUUUAAGACCAUUUGGGGGGCACCCGUUCCGUCCCACCAACGUGAGGGCUCUGACAAAGUCUGCCUACGCGGUUUGGCGGCUGGCGUCGCCGUUACUUCGCGUUUGCCGUGCAGAGCCGCAUCCCCCGCGCUGGCGCCUGCCACAUUGGCCACUUGCCGCAUCGGGGAGGCCUUUAUCCGUCUGGGGGUGUUGGAAGUCCGCCUGCUCACUGUCUACGGCUACCCGCUGUCCUAUCCUGACGCCAGGGAAAGGACUGAAGACUUGAUGUCUCAGGUGCUGAUGCGUGCCACCAGCAACUGUGUUCCGACCAUAAUUGCAGGCGAUUUCAACUGCCCAGUGUUGGAACUACCAAGUGGGGCUCAGCUGCACUCGUUGGGCUACCGGGAAAUCUUUGAGCUUCAUGAGCGUACCACUGGUACGGCCCUACCACCCACGUGUAAAGGGGCCACACGCCAUGACACUGCUCUGCUUCACCCUACCCUGCUGCCCCUGUGGCACUCCGCCUGGGUGCUUGACAAGUCGCACCUCUUCGACAGCCAUGACCCCCUAUGUUUCCGGCUCCAAGUGUGCCCGCAUCAACCCACUCGGCGCAGCUGGAACUUACCUCGCGCAUGGUCGUCUUUGUCGCCUGAACCUGCGGCGCUCCAGGCUGCCUUUCAAUCAGUUGCGCCUGCACUGGCCAGGCAGGCCCAAAGUUGCACCUCGGAGCAAGAGGUCGCCCAAACUCUGCUCGCUUUCUCCCAGAGCGUCGAGGAUUGUGUGGACACUGCCCUUUCCCGUCAGCAUGCACAGGAUCCGCUGAGGUACCCGCACCGUUGCCUCCCCAAGGCUUAUCGAGGCCGCUGUGUUGACCGACCAAUUGUGCAACGGACAGUUCCCAGUGUUGUCCGUCCAGCCCGUGCCGGCGACUACACGCCCGAUGAGGAGGUUACGAGCGUACAGGGCCAUAUGCGUGUGCGGCAGGUCCGCAGAGCCCAGACACUUCUGCGAGGCCUUCUCAAGCUGCAUCGGACCACCUCCAGCGCUGAGGCUGAGCAGCUGCGUACUAACCUUACCAGUGAGUGGCGUGCGUUCCGCAAAGCCAAGGGCUUCCCGCCUGAUUUCGUGACCUGGACACUCCAGAUUGCUUGUUUCCACACUUUCCCGGAUGCCCUGCCGCCCCCUGACUGGCUGUCGGAUCUGCUGGCCUAUCUGCAGUUUGACUGCAAUGCCUUUGCCCGUUCCCAGGCCAAGAUAAGACGGGACUCCUUCAAAUACAAACUUGUGCUGGACCAGAAACAUGGGCAUCACCGUGGUGCCUUUCAGACCAUACGCGGACCGACCCCGCCUCCUUUUACUGAGGCCUGCGCCCCCGCACACAGCUGGUUCAAGUUUGUGCCCGGACCUUCCCUCCGAGUUGGGGCGGUUGCCCGUCUUGACCAAACCGAGUGCCAUGUGAUGGAUGUGGCUGGCGAUCACGUCCUUCUGCACGGCGAGUCACUUCAGCCCGGCUUGUUGGUCCAGGAUUCGGUGGCUUGCACCGCCAAUGAACUCCACCGCGUGUUCUCCGACUUCUGGAGUCCUUUGUGGCAACGUGACCAAGCCACGGCACCAAGUCUCGACCAUUGGCCCGAGUUUGGGGAACUGGUUGCCGGCGCCAACAUCUCACUGCCCCCGGUCUCUUUGUCUUCCAUUUCUCCGGACAUCUGGAGAGACGCUAUCAAGCGGAUGUCAAGCAGGAAGGCCACAGGUGUCUGCGGAUGGGCCGUCAGUGACCUGAAACUUCUACCGGCAGAAGCCAUUGAAGUGCUGCAACUCAUCUUUGCACGUGCAGUUCAGGUCGGCAUGCCCGCACAUAUGCUGCAGGCUCGGGUGAGCGUGCUUGCCAAGGUGUUUGCUCCCGACAACAUUCGGCAGAGUCGCCCGAUUACCAUCUACAGCACCCUGUACCGCGUCUGGUCGUCCUGCCUCACCCGUAAGGUGUUGAAAGAGUGGGCCCCGCAUUUUCCGGAGAAUAUUGCUGGGUCCCUCCCGGGCCGCUCCAGUCGUGACCUCAGCUACCGCCAGCAACACGCCAUUGAAUGUGCCCUGGUGCAUAAACGCCCGCGACUGGGUUUGUCCAUUGACAUUGUCAAAUGCUUCAAUCAGCUCGGAUGGGCCCCACUUUACCAUAUGCUUCACGCUUUGGGCCUUCCCAGGGACGUACUGGAGUUCUGGUUCACUUGUCUGUCAAAAAUGGAGCGCCGCUCCGCCUUUCUGGGCGACCUUGGCCCCGCCAUCAGGUGCUAUAACGGUGCACCCGAGGGAGACCCCUUUUCCGUUGCCGCCAUGGCCGGCCUAUGCUUUUGGGCUCAUAACCUCUGUGCCACUGAUGGUGUUGACUUCGACUCUUACGUUGAUAACUGGGCGUGGUCGGGUGAAUCGACCACAGCAGUUGAAGCAGCAGUGCCGAAGGCAUUGCGCUUCCUGGACAGUCUGCGUCUCCCGAUAGACUGGAAAAAGUCCUACCUGUGGGCCACUCAACGCCCCGACCGACUGUGGUGGCAAAGAGUCCGGCCGAACCUUUUCCCGCCGGACUGCCCCGUACCUCUUGUUAGCGAGGCCAAGGACUUGGGAAUCGCCUAUAAGUACGAUGGUCGUAUACACCGGGUUGCCCGUAACCACCGUCUGGAGGAAGGCGCCCAACGCCUCGAGAGGCUGCGUCAGCAACCCCGGUCCGUGCUCGAAAAGGCCUCCUUGAUCCAACGGGGCAUCUGGCCCCAAUGUUUGUAUGGCAGUGAAGGACAUGCUUUCUCGCUUGCCGACUUGCAAUCCUUGAGAGGCAAAGCAGCCCGCGCCAUCACAGGCGACUACCGCAUCCUCUCGCCCCACUUGGCGCUGGGCACGCUUACGGACUGUGUGCAGGACCCUCAACUUUACUGUGCCGAACAACAGCUCCUUGCGCUCCGCCGAGCCUGCCUGGGAGAUACGUACACUGCCUGCUCCGUUGUUGCCCUCACCAAUGCAAGCGGUGGAGUGAGGCAGGUGCAUGGCCCUGCUACGGCUCUGGCCGUUACGUUCCAGCGUUUGGGCCUCUCCAUGGACGAUGAUGCUUGUGUCAAGGGUCCGGAUAAUAGUCGGGUUCAUUUGUCCUCCUGCAGCCGGAAAGAGGUCCGAGGUCUACUUGAACGUGCAUGGAGCCUCCAGGUGCAGCAAUGUGUCCAACACAGAAACGGCCUCCACGCGGCCCCCCCACCUUUGCCCCAUGCCACUGGCCAACUGCUGUCAAAACUCGCGGCAGGUGAGCAAGGUGUGAUUGCUCGCCACAUCACAGGCGCUUUUGCCUCUGCACAGGCACGGGCGCAAUGGGACGAGUGCGAGGACGGCGAGUGCCCACUUUGCGGUGCCAAGCAAACGAAGGCCCAUAAGUUUCUGGAGUGCCCUGCCCUUUCCAGCAUACGCCAGCAAUGGGAACCUCACAUAUCCGUUGCGCUGCGCAUGUGGCCGCAUUGGUUGCAUGGGCCGUAUGCCGGCAUGGCUCCUGAUCUGGAGGUGAGCCGCCUCGUGUUUGCGACACGGAAACUCCUGCCACCGGUCUUUCCUGCUGGGCUGAAACCUUUACUGAGACAGCGACACCGCAUGGGCCGUGGUCCUGGAUCAGAAAGUGAUGCCGAGAUCCCGACCCUCCUCCAACAGUGGCGCCUACAUGGACGUUUACCCACCAGUUUCCACGUGGUUGACCAGGGUCUGGUCCCGGGGGUGCAGAGCAUCAACAGGGCGGAGACCAUUGCGUUACUACAAGCUGCCCGGCUCGCGAGUUCGUCUGGGGCCCUGUCCGCUGAAAUCUGGACCGACAGUACCUUUGCCAUGUCGGAGUGGCAGCGCGCUCUUGCUGGUUAUACUGCCACGUGGCCUGACUUGGGUGAAGAGCUGCAACAGGUUGCUUCGGUGCGCAUCACUGUUCACAAGGUUUCGUCCCACCAAAAUCUUGAUGCACUGUGGGGACUGGAGCAGUGGCUCGCCGCUGGUAACCACGUGGUGGACACAGCGGCCAGAGCAGCACUCCAAAGGGAAUUCCCAGUGGUUCAAGCAAUCACAGGAAAUGCAGCGGACUUCUUUGCUGAGCAGCGGGACCUGCUUUGGCUAUUCUGGCGCUAUCUACUGCAGGUCUCCCAGGAAGAAUGCCGAUUGCUACGCCAGCUUGCGAAGGAGGUCAAGGCGCAUGGCGCCCCUGCACAAGAUGACCAUCAGGGGCUCUCGCGACUUUCCUGCUUGUCGGCGUGGGAACAGCAAGAUGCCGGCCCCUUUCAGACCUGGCAAGUCCCGGUGGCCUCCAGAUCCAGAGAAUGGCUACUGGCCUGCUCUUGGCCACCAUGGUUCACCGUACCUCUCUGGGACUGGCUUUCUCGUCUCCAGUGGUCCCUGCAGCCGCUGCGUAAGAAAACGGUGACAGGCGCUACAUAUCUGGAACUGGUGGUGGAUUUCGUUGCCUCAACAAAGGUUUGCCCACCACACGAGCUUGCAGCAGCUCGUGUGCUGGACAAGCCCCCCAAACGAGUGGACGUCCCGUGUACAUUGCGGCAAGUCGUGUUCUGCUUUGUGGAGGCCGUGCGGCAACUGGAGAGACUUAGUGGACACCGUCUUCUUCCGGCACGACGUGGCAAAGUCUUCUCGUUACGUUCACUGCAAGAGGGACCACCCAGAAUUGGCGUGAGCAUCCGACCCAGAUUGCCCACUGUACAGGAGUUCAAGGUGAAGUUUGACAAGAGCCGGCUCUUCGAGCUCUACGAGGAUAGCCUCCUGGGAUUGAAGGAGAUGACCGAGCAUCAGAAGGUGGAGCGCACCGGUAGUAAGGUGAAGCUGAAAGAGAUGGAGGGCCUCGACAACGUUCACCUCUCUGCCCCAGCGGGUGCGGGAAAGACCUUCGUUGCGGUGCAGCACGUGCUCGAGCAUCUCAACACCCAUCCCUCAGCCCGGCUGCUCUACGUCGCUCCCUCCGAAAGAAAGAAUCACCGCGAGCCAGAGCUCGUGCAAAGCAGGAUCGAGCACAUGCUUUCCAGGAUCACUCUGUUGCACAGGCCCUACACACACUUCCAGCUGCCCUCUCUGGAGGGUGAUCGGAUACUCCGAUGUGCGGCCGGACCCGACGCAGAAAAGUGUGACAUGGUGGUCUACGAUGAAAGCCACCACAUCUUCUGUCUUCCGCCUGAAGAAAUGAGCUCGACGCUACUCCCAAGCCUAUCGGCAGAGCGCCGACUGCUCUUGUCAGAUGAGUCGCAGUCUGCUUCGGUGAGCCAGACCUAUCCCGACAUGGCCAGGGUGAAACUGUCGGAGGUGGUCCGCAGCACUAAACGCAUUGUUGCAGGUGCAGCCACGUUUCAGCUGAACACGCAGCGAGAUGCCGCAGCGAGUUCCCUGGGAUCGGACGGACCGCCACUGAAGACCUUCCUCUUCGACCCAGCAGCUUAG